UUACAAUGUCAUUUGCAUGUUUUUCUUUCCAUUUCAAACGCGGUUGUGUUCUCGUUGUCCUCGCGUCUGGAUCUCAGGCUUUCCCUUGAAGGAUGAAGCGGUGGAUCCUUGUUUGGCUGCUGCCACUUUUGGCGUGUUGUGAUCGAGUUCUUCGGCACAAUAAAGAUCUCGACCAGAGUCCGGUUAGAGGGGACAUACCGGAUCAACAUGACACCGGGGGAACGGAGUGUCUGAGCACAGAUUGUAUGAUUGAAGACCUACACACGAGUUGUGUGGUUUCUGGACCCAAACGAGGCCUUGCGGAUGCCAAACGUUGUAUGGCGCACGUCAACAUGAUCAUGGACGGCAGAAAGCCCGACAUCGACUUUGAAGCAAUCGAGCGUCUGGAAAAUUCACUGGAGCAGACUGAAGUGAAGGAGAGCACGUCCAUGCGGGUGGGCCGCCUGACCGCCCUCCUGCUCAAACCCGGUGGACGCCUCCCCGGCCUGCACAUUUCCGCCAGCGACAGCGAGGCCAACGCUGGCACACCCGUCAACAACAGCAGAGUCAACGUCCACCUGCCCGGAGAUUUGCUCCCCAGCUUGGACGACACCCUGUUGUUCUGCAUGGUGACGUGGCCUCGAUCCAUAUGGUUGCAGAACGUGACGUCAGAGGAACUCUACCAGAACAGGCUGCUUGGCUUGCGUUUGCACGGAAAAACUGUUUCAGGAUUGCGGCAGCGAGUGAACAUCACUGUCAAUGCGGUCACCAUCAACCUGAAGGCUGAUAUUCAGAAGAGUGGAAGUAGAAAAAACAGCGACAAUACAAUGGAGAGCGGAAACUCUCCAUUGUAUUGUGAGUCGACCUUUCUGUGGCUUCUUCUCCUUCCUACGAAGUCGGAUGCCUUCCCUUCAUUCUUUUCCAUCCGUGUGCCCUGGAAGCUCGCCAAACUUGUUGCUGUUUUUCCAUUGCAGGUGUCCGCCCCCCUCUCAGACGCCAAUGAAGCGGUGCUGUCAUACCUCUCUCUGAUUGGCUGCACGCUUUCCCUCGUCACGCUGGUCAUGACGCUGCUGCUCUUCGUCACCAAAAGGAAACUCCGCGAGGACGUGUCGAUGAAGGUGCACGCCAACCUGGCCGUGGCGCUGAUCCUGCUCAACGCUCACUUCCUGUCCAGCCGGGCGGCGGCGCUGUCGUCCGACGGGCUCUGCUUUUACGUGGCUCUGGCGCUGCACUACUCCUUGCUGGCCACCUUCAGCUGGAUGGCGCUGGAGAGCUUCCACCUCUACCUGCUCCUCGUGCGCGUCUUCAACAUCUACAUCCGCAGAUACAUGCUCAAGCUCGGCCUUGCCGGAUGGAGUCUUCCCGCCGCCAUCGUGAUCUUGGCCGUCUUCCUGAAACCCGACGCUUACGGGCGCGUGGCCCUGGACGCCACAGAUCCCGAAAGCACUCAAAUAUGCUACCUGCUGGACGGCACGCUGAAGAUGGUGAGCACGCUGGGCGUGUUCAGCGUGGUGUUUGCCUUCAACCUCGUCAUGCUGGUGGUGACCGUCCAACGUUUGACCGGCCUCCCGCACAGCAAACGGCCACAGGUUGGGCAGGGUGAGCGAGGGCGAACCAAGCAGAACAUCAGCACGCUGCUGGGAGUCAGCACCCUGCUGGGCAUCACCUGGGGCCUUGUCUUCUUCUCCUUUGGCCACCUGAGCACGGCGGGCCUCUACCUCUUCUGCAUCCUCAACUCCCUGCAAGGUUUCUUCAUCUUCUUGUGGUUCGUCUUGUCUUGGAGAAAGUCGGCGCCCUCGACGGCCAGCAGUAAAACACCAAGCGCCAGCAGCUGAGCCAGGCCUCUCAACACUCGUAAAUCCUACUGUCACUCUUUUUAUAAUCUGUGUCUGUUUUGUUGGAGUACAGUAAUCCCUCGCCAUAACACAGUUCAUCUUUUAUGGCUUCGCAUUUUCACAUGUUCUCCAUCCUGAUUGUUGGCUUUGAGACUGACUAAUGUCAAUAACAUAACCCUCAUGAUCAACGAGGGAUUAUUUUACAUCGUUUCCUGUUUUACGUUAUGUGCGCGAGUGUGCGUGUGGGAGGGCAUCUCACUCUUCCCCUUUAAUAUGAGGUGGGGGGGAGGGGGUUGGCUCCUCAUUGUCUUUACUGUGGGGUCUUUGGUUCCUGUAUUUAGACGGGCUCUGGCUUAACCUGUUUGUGGUGGGGGUGGGGGAUAGUCAAGUAAAGUAGAGAUGUGACACAC